UCCGGCCGUUCCGGGCGCGGUCCCGGUGUCUGGGGGUGGCGGGGCUGGAGCGGAGGGACCGAGCAUGGCCGGGGCCACCACGAUCGAGGCGGUGAAGCGCAAGAUCCAGGUGCUGCAGCAGCAGGCGGACGAUGCGGAGGAGCGGGCGGAGCGGCUGCAGCGGGAGGUGGAAGCCGAGCGCCGCAACCGCGAGCAGGCUGAGGCAGAAGUGGCAUCUUUGAAUCGCCGUAUCCAGCUGGUAGAGGAGGAGUUGGACCGAGCUCAGGAGCGCCUUGCCACAGCUCUGCAGAAGCUGGAAGAGGCAGAGAAGGCAGCAGAUGAGAGCGAAAGAGGCAUGAAAGUCAUUGAAAACAGAGCUCUGAAGGAUGAGGAGAAGAUGGAACUGCAGGAGAUCCAGCUCAAGGAAGCCAAGCACAUUGCAGAGGAGGCAGACAGGAAGUAUGAGGAGGUUGCUCGGAAACUGGUGAUCAUUGAAGGGGAUCUGGAGCGUACUGAAGAGAGAGCUGAGCUCGCAGAGUCUCAUUGCCGGGAGCUGCAGGAGCAGAUCAGAGUGAUGGACCAGAACUUGAAGUGUCUGUCUGUUGCCGAAGAAAAGUACUCGCAAAAAGAGGAUAAAUAUGAAGAAGAGAUCAAGAUUCUGACUGAUAAACUCAAAGAGGCAGAGACCCGUGCUGAAUUUGCUGAACGCUCUGUAGCCAAGCUGGAGAAGACCAUUGAUGACCUGGAAGAUAAACUGAAAUCCACCAAAGAGGAGCAUCUCUGCACGCAAAGAAUGCUGGACCAGACCCUGCUAGACCUGAAUGAGAUGUAAUGGAUCCCUGCCACUGCCUCUGCCACGCCAUGCCAGCCCAGCUGCUGCUGCCCUCUAACCCUGGGGCCAGAGUUUACUUUCUGUUGCCAACUUGACCAAACACAAAUCUCCUUUGUUCCAGGGUUAAAGGCCACCAGGUUGGGCAGAGCUUCAAACAGCAUCAUUAAGGGAAGUAAACAAUGCAAUAAUGUUUGGAGAGCAUGUUUGAGAUGUACACAUUUUGUAACUACCUUUUUUUGUAGCAACCAUUAUAAACAUUCCAAAUAACGUGUGAGGCUGGUGAGCUACACUUCAGAGCUCUUGGCUUUAAAAUUUGGUAUUAACCUUCUGUUAAUCGGCUCUGGGCCACCCUGCUUUGGCAGGGCAGGAAAUGGAUAUGAUGGUUCUGGCUGUGAGUCAGAGUAGCCAGGCUAGGCUGACAGCCUGUUGAGAAAACUUCCUUUUCCAGGAGCUGUUUGCCAAAAGCACAGUUCAGUUUUUCAGCUUUAAGGUAGCUCUGUGUUGGGAAGGAACAACUUGGGUGAAAGGUGUCUUUUUUGGGGGGGUUGUUUUUUGUUUUUUUUAAGCCAAGUCAGUCAUCUGAACAAUUGAACCUUCACAGGGAUUGUGUCCCUUCCCCUCCACACCUGAAGGGCUUAGAGAAGCCACUGUCCCUGUAACCCAUUGCUACCCUGGAGCUGACUUUGCCUUCACUAAGUGCUGAUGCACCAAACUUCACUGCUCAUCACUGGGUUACACUUAACAACUUAAGUACAACAGCCUUGUGUCCUUGGAGAAGUGUUUUUGCCUACCUGGAGGGAGGGAGCCAAGCCUUCCCUCCUGCCCAGGACUGCUCUUAUUGUCUUAAUUGAGUACAAGCCAUGUUGCUGUGCAUUGCUGAUGUGUUGUGGUUGUGAGGUGUGAGUGUGGCAAUGUCACGCUCGCAGCGUGUAGCUUUGUGGUUUGAGCAUGCUGCCUGGUUGUAGCAGUUUUUGGGGCCAAUCUGGAGACAAAAACCAUAUCCAGUGUUUUGAUACUAAAUUGAAAAAUUGUGUUACUGUCUUUUGAAAUAAAAACUGAUCCCUCCA